ACAAUAUUAUCAUAAGGAGAUGUGAAUAAAGGCACGAUUGGUUAAACAACCGGUUCUAAUGUGAAUCUAUGUGUUGGACAACUUAAUACACUCCAAUUGAAGUUCAAGUUGACAGAGAACCGAAGAGGGAGAGAUCAUGAUAAUUAUGAUGAUUAGGAUUACCAAUUCAUAAUUAGUGUUAUUUCAAUGAUUGUAGUAAUUUGUAAUCCAGAUUUGCUACAUUGCAAAUACCAAAUAAACCAGCAACUAUCUGGUUAACCUCAUCAACAGUUUGUCUAAUUUUGUUUCUUGUUUGUUUAACCAUCAGCAACGCCAAAGCUUCAUCAUCCUCCAUCAUUUUGCCUCAUAAUAGUUGUUAAUAUUGAUUUUUUUACCGAUGCAAUCAUCAACUGGAUACUUUUUCAAAUAAUUAAAAAAAAUGUCCCAACUCAACUGUCCAAUCUCAUGGUUUCCUUGGAGUCAUAGCUUCCAACAGGAAUCCUCUUUGAUCCAGCAAACGUCUUUCACGUACAAUAACUCGACCAUUCCUGGUUGGUUCUUAAUUUAUUACUGUCAGAGCAAUUGGUUGACAAGCUCAUUUAACGUCAUAUUUAUCUUAGUGUCCAUUCAAUUUUACCUUUCCUGUUACUGUGUCCGAGCUAAAAAUGGUAAAUCACGAAAGUCAACUGAAAAUCUUCAUAAACAGCACCAUAAUCAUUCCAAUAAUCACUCAAACCAUCAAAAUGUCACCCAAUCGGUUCACGUUUUACCCUCUUCUCAAGUGCGAAGUAUCUCACAAAGCCACAUUACAGAUUUAGGUGUCAAUGAUGCCAUCAGUGAAGACAUUGAUUGUUCUGUUGACAAUGGACGAUCCCAUUUGAUUAGCUUUUGGAACCAAAUGACCCCUAAAGUAUUACUUGACAUCUUCACUUUAAUGUUACUUUUCAUUGUUUCUCUUUCCAUCAUUGAGCUCCUUCAAUCUCCUUGGAACCAUGUCAGUGACCAUUUCAAUGGUCGAUUUAUCACACUUGUUUCAACAAUGAUCACCUUGUUGGUCAACUAUUUUAUUGUGUUUCCCCAACUUGGCCUAUUGCUGUUAAAACCUGGUUAUGGUAACAGCCUUUAUCGGGUUACCUUCUUAAUCAUCGUUGUCUCGUACUGGACCAUCACCAUAAUCAAUUUAGCUUGCCAAUUGGGAUUACUGUUAAACAUGGGACUGUCCAUUUGGACCCACAUCAGGUUACAAUUAACACUUGCUUCCAUGAUUAUUACGACUUGGGUUCUUUGUGCUAAACUUUCAGCCAUUCUCAUGACAAAGGAACGAUUUGAUGGAGACUUGAAGCCACCAAGCGAUUGUAAAUACCUUCAUCCAUAUUCAUCGAUAUUAUCCAAGGCAACGUUCUCAUGGUUUUGCGAGAUCCUUCGUUUAGGCUAUUCAAGACCCAUUCAACUCGAAGAUCUGGGUUCAUUACCUAAAGAACAAAGAACUGAAAGUCAAUUUGAAAAGUUCAAUAAAUUUUUUGAACAAGAAAGUUGUAAAUCAAUUAAUCAAGAUAAACCCAUUUCAUUGUGGAAGUGUUACUGGAAAACCUUUAAAUAUAGUUUAGCUGUUGGAGCCAUACUACGUAUCUCAGCUGAUCUGUUUGCCCUUUUUGGUCCAAUUUCAAUUCAAUACAUUCUUAAUUAUGUUGAUGCGGUUAAGAAUUCAACCAAAAAUUCAACUCUCAACGGAACCGCCAAUUUAUUGCAAACAGAUUUACAGGUUAUCGAGACUUCAACAUUCAUUCACAAUGGAUUCCUCAUUGCUUUUCUCGUUUUAUGUUCAACCUUUUUGCAAAGCAAUUUUUCCAAUUCCUUCAACCAUUUAGCCGUUCUUCAAAGCUUACAGCUUAAAAGUGCACUACAGAGUUUAAUUUAUAAGAAAACACUUCGAAUGGCCCCUUCCAUGGGACUCGAUUUCGGUGGUAUUUCCAAUCAUAUGUCGUCUGAUACUCAUGAUAUGAUGAUGCUUUUUUCAAUGGGUCAUUAUGUUUGGGCCAUACCAUUAAAAAUUAUCGUUUUGAUGACUUUACUAUACUUUCAACUUGGUGUCAGUUCAAUCAUUGGAGCUGCGGCUAUUUAUAUUUUAGCGCCCAUUCAAUACUAUCUUGGUAAACGAUUAAGUGCAAUUCGUAAAGAAACAAUGGAUAUUUCAGAUCAACGAUUGAAAAAGACAAACGAACUGUUAACUGGAAUCAAACUGCUUAAAUUGCUUAAUUGGGAAAUACUGUUUUGUCGGAAAGUGGAAAAUAUCAGGAAUCAAGAGUUAAAUUACCAAAAAAGAGACGCUAUUCUUGUUGCUUAUAUAACUAUAUUAACCCAAGCUUCAUCGGUUAUCCUAACAUUGGUUACCUUUGUGUUAUACCCGUACAUUGAGGGUGAACCCUUACAACCGGCAAAGGUUUUCACUGGAUUAGCGUUAUUUAAUCAACUUACAGUUCCUCUUUACAUAAUACCUGUUGUUGUGCCCAUCAUAAUCAGCUCAUUAACCAGCAGUCGACGGCUUUCAAGAUUUCUAUCUCAACCUGAAAUUGAUUGUAAUGUACCCUGGAGGCAAGAUGAUUGUGAUUGUAUUAAAGAUGAUGAAUCGGAAGAUGGUAAUGCCAAUAAAAAAUCAAGUUAUCCCAAUGGAAAUGUAUUAAUUGAUACCAAUUAUCAACCAGCAAACCAGUCUUUAAAUGAAACAUCUAAUAACAACAUCAAUGCUACUAGUACGGACUGUGAUGGAGAAACGGCUGUUAAAAUUAGAAAUGGCCAUUUUGCUUGGAGUAACAAACAAGAAACGGAUAACCUGAGAAAUAUUAAUGUUACAAUUCCUAAAUCAAAAUUGACAAUUGUUACUGGGCCUGUUGGAGGUGGAAAAACUUCCCUCCUUUCAGCCUUAAUGAACGAAAUGAUCAAGAUUGAUGGUACGGUAACUUGGUGUUCAGGCAACAGCCGAAUAGGAUUCUUGCCGCAAACACCUUGGCUUUACAAUGUUUCCCUUCGUGAUAACAUUACCUUUGGCUUACCGUAUGAUCCUGAACUUUAUUCAAAGGUUAAAGAGAUUACCUGUCUUCAAGGAGACAUUGAAUUGUUACCCAAUAAGGAUGAUACAGAGAUUGGUGAGAGAGGAAUCAAUUUAUCUGGUGGUCAAAGGCAGCGAGUUGCUCUUGCUCGAGCCAUCUAUUGUGAUCCUUCAACUUUAAUACUAGAUGACCCUCUAUCAGCACUGGAUCCUAAAGUAUCUCACACAAUAUUCACUUCAGCCAUUGUCGAUUAUCUCUUAGGUCGUGGUAAAACUGUUAUAAUGACAAGCCACGAUUUAGAUCAUCUUAAAGUUGCUUCUAAAAUUAUAGUUAUGGAUCGAGGACGAAUUGAUUUUGAUGAUGAUUUUAGCGGUUUAGUUUCUUCUAAUUGUCAAUUUUACAUUCAAUUGAGGGAUAACGACUUAGCUCAGGAAAAAAAUCGUGCUUUUAUUUCUGAUGAAGGUUCAACAGCAAAAGAGAGACAAAAGCUUUGCCGAUUAGUGACUAAACGUUGCCUGGUUCGAACAGUUUCAACCAUUGAAGGGCAUUCUAAAAGAAGAUCUGGAAUUUAUUUACGUCAAGUCAGCCAUGACCCUUCGUGCCCAUUGCCUUGUGAUGAUUAUACCGAUAUUGAAGGCCCUUGUCGAUCUACUCCAACAAACUCGGCUUCAUCGAAAGACGAUUUCUGUGUUUAUGGUAAUCCUGGUACAACCGGGGCUAAUAGUGAUUUUGGUAGACGACCUCGACCAGGAAACUUGCUACGACUCAUUUCAAGUGAAUCAGCACAUUCACGAGUUUCUUCAAAUGCCAGUGGCCAUUUUAUCGGUGGAAAUGAAUCAGCAACACCGAGUGGCAUAUUCCGCCCUGGUUUGAGACGUUUAGUAUCUAAAAUUUCCGAUCGUACCAUCAAAGAGGAAGAUGAUGCUAGUCGAAUUAUUGGGACAACGAGAAAAUUAUCAGCUGAUGCUGAUGAAGGUGAUUUAUUGCUUAUGGUUAAUGGGCGAAAUAAAUCUGAAUUAAUGGGUCGAUCUGAGGGAAUGAUUAGCUCAUCACCUUCUGAAGGGUUAAUUGGUGAUGAAGAGAAAGAAACUGGAUCAGUUUCAAUCAAAGUUUAUUGGUUAUACAUUAAAGCUUGUUCUCCUUAUUUAGCGAUAACCAUUUUACUAUUUCUGGUUUUUUCCCAAGUAAUCAAAGUAGCAACUGAUUUCUGGUUGACCGAUUGGACAGAAUCUAAUGUUGGAGUUGCUAAUUCAACUGAGAAAGCCUCUUCAGUCCUAACUAAACAAGUCAAAUAUAAUGAUAACCUUACUAACCCUGAUCCUGACUUGGUGAAUGUUAAAACAAGCCAUACUCUAGUUUAUUAUAUUGGCGGUUAUUGUAUUUUAUCAGGAUUAACAAUUUUAAUUUCACUAAUUGCUAACCUGAUGCUUCAAUUUGCCUCAUUACGAGCUGUUCGAGUCUUACAUUCUCGAAUGAUCAAUUCAAUAGUUAAAUGUCCAAUCAGAUUUUUCGACACAACUCCUAUUGGCAGGAUUCUUAGUCGUUUCUCGGCUGAUAUCUCCACUAUUGAUAAGGAAAUUACAUCAACUUUACCUCGUUUGCUUCGUUUUAUGCUCCUUUGUUUCUCAGCAAUUAUUGUGAACAUAAUUGUUACUCCACCAUUCAUUAUAGCUGCCAUUAUAAUCAUCAUAAUUUACUAUUUAUUGCAAAAAUUUUUCCGUGCAACUUCAAUUGAGCUUCAACGCAUUCAAAGUAUCAGUAAUUCGCCAAUUUUCUCACAUUUUAGUCAAACUUUGACCGGACUUUCAACUAUUCGAGCUUUCAGGCAAGAAACUUCAUUUAGUGAAGCAUUAUGUGAAUAUAUCAAUACCAAUAACUUAGCUUUCCUGAUGGUCAACUGCGCCAAUUGUUGGCUCGGUAUUGCUCUUGAUUACCUGGGAGGAAUAAUUUUAGCUUGUGCAACUAUAACAUCGUUAAUCGCCGCAAUUUAUGGGGAUAUAAGCACUUCAUUUGUUGGAAUGUCAAUAAGUUACACUUUAUUGAUACCAAUCUACCUUAAUUGGGUUGUCCGUAAUUUAGCAAGUCUUGAAAUGCACAUGUGUGCUGUUGAAAGAGUUGACCAAUAUAGUCAAUUGGAGCCCGAAGAUUCAUCAGAAACUUUUGAAGAAUUACCUAAAAAUUGGCCAUCAAAAGGUUCAGUUGUUUUCAAAGGAAUUGAGCUUGGCUAUGAAGCAAACGCUGAUUCAAUUUUGAAUAAUUUCCAUUUGUCAAUCAAAUCCGGAGAAAAGGUUGGUAUUUGUGGUCGAAGUGGAUCUGGAAAGUCGUCCAUAAUUAUGGGAUUACUUAAGAUGGUUGAUGUCCGCGAUGGUCAAAUAUUGGUUGAUAAUAAGAAUAUAAAGAAGAUACCUUCUGAUGUUCUGAGGAAAAAUAUCGCAUUAGUUCCUCAAGAGCCAAUUAUAUUUUCAGGAACAUUCAGAGAAAAUCUGGAUCCAUUUCAAGAAUACUCUGAUGAUGAAAUUUGGAGAGUUUUAGAGGAAACAGAUUGUCGAUCGAUUGUGGACUCGUUAGACGAGGUUAUAAGUGAUGAGGGAUCAAAUUUGAGCUCAGGUCAACGACAAUUGCUGUGUUUUGCCCGAGCAAUACUCAAAAAGAGUCCAAUACUAAUAAUGGAUGAAGCCACAUCUUCCCUAGAUGUACAAAAAGAGUCUGCUAUUGUGGACUACAUUCGUAAAUCAAACCGAACUGUUAUUUCAAUUGCCCACCGACUUAAUUCACUUCUUGAUUAUGAUAGGAUAAUUGUCCUGGAUUCGGGUAAAAUUGUUGAAGAAGGUUUUCCAAAGAAAUUACUGACUAAAGAAAAUGGUAUUUUCAGAUCUCUUCUUGAGAGUGAAAAAGGAAGUUGAGAUUGUUUUUGGGCCAAUUCAAGAUAAAUGAUAUACUCGAAAUAUAUUCAAUCGCUUUGUACAUGUAACUUUUUUAUAUAAUUUAUAUUUAAUCACAAGGAUUGAGAUUAAAGUUUGGUCAAUUAAAGUAUAUUACUUCAAAUUAUA